AUGCAGUUCAUCACCGUUAUCAUUGCUACCCUGGCCGCCGUUGCCACCGCUACUCCUUCCCCCGAUGCCUUUGAGAAGCGCACCUGUGUCGGCCACUACAAGGUUGCCUGCGAGAACGGUGGCACCCCUUGCUGCGAUGGCUGGCAGUGCGUUGGUGCCACUGAGUGGAACGCUGGUGUUUGCAUCCCCCACUACUAA